AGUCUUCCAUGUAAACGGCGUCAAUUAUAUAGGAAUUUAAGCAAUUAAAAUGAAAACAACACACACGAUAGCAAAACUUGUCUGUAUAUAAACAAAACAUACGCGCCCAGGAGAAAUCGAUCUUUCAUUCACAGGCUUAAUACACAGUAGAAGAAAACAGGAUGAAAUAUAUACUUUUUUGUGCUGUAAUUGGACUCAUUUCUGGUGUCAGAGUAGGGAAGGUCGCCUUUACAGCCCUUUUUUCCAAAGACGCAACAGUGGGCGUUCACGCUGUGAGGGGAGCGAGUGUAGCCUUCACAGCCCUUCUGUCCAAAGACACAACAGUGAGCGCUCAUGCUGUGGUGAAGUAUGAUCGAGUGUUGACAAAUUGGGGUGGAGCCUAUCAACCAACAACUGGUGUUUUUACCGCCCCCUAUAAUGGUCUCUAUAGCAUCUCCUGUAGCUUGAUGAGUCAUCCAAGUAAUUCUGUCCACGUCAAUAUUGUUAAGAAUGGCAAAAAGAUGUCCGUUGUGUAUUCUAAUGCCAAAACUCAUCCACAUGCUAGCCAGACUCUACAGCUGCGGUUAAACAAGGGGGAUCAAAUCUGGAUUCAGAACAUGAACGGAGUGAAUGCAAAAUUUCAUGACCACGGUUCUUAUAAUGUCUUUUCUGGUUUUCUAAUUAACGAACUAUAAAUCUAUUUGUGCAGUGUUAAUCUUUAUUAAACACAAACUGCAUCCA